AUGGCCGUGAAAAGGAAGCGGAAAACGAAAGGAGGAACGAUAAGGACGUCAAGAGUAUUGGAUCGUGAAGAGCAAAGCAGUUACUGGUUGACCAUCGAAGCCAAUGAUAGCCCACAGGCCCGAGUAGCGAAGACUGGAGUACUGCACGUGUUUGUUCGAAUACUGGAUAGGAAUGAUCAUCGUCCAGUGCCGAUGCUUCCGAUCUAUUACGCAAAUGUAAAGGAGAAUUCGCCUCAGAAUAUCGUCGUUGUGAAGAUCGAUGCUACCGACGGCGAUGACAUCGAUUCCAAAUCACCCUCCACACUUACCUACAAAAUUUCAAAGGGAGACCCACAAAGCUUCUUCCGGAUAGACCAGCAUACAGGAUACAUAACGACAUCUGGAUCGCGCCGACUGGACCGGGAAACCCAACGAGAACAUGAGCUGUGGGUAGCGGUCUGUGAUUCAGGAGAACCCCAGUUGUGCUCCUCGGUCCCAGUUGUAGUUACUGUAGACGAUGUUAACGACAAUGCACCCACAUUCACACAGCCAAUCUUCCAUCACAAUGUUCCAGCUGGGGUGACAGGACGAGUUAGCAGGGUAUUUGCCAGUGAUCUCGAUGUGGGAAAGAAUGCAGAGUUAUUCUAUAACAUUACUGAUGGGGACUCGAAGUUUUCGAUCGAUGAGAAUGGAUAUAUCUCGACAAGUGCGCCAAUGAAAGCGGAUGAGGUUGCCACCCUGACCAUCCAAGCGACCGAUCGUGGCCUGCCAGCCCAAAUGACUCAAACUCGAGCGAUUCUGACGGCGAUUGCAGCACCGCAAAGAGCCAAGGGAUCAGUGAAUCGCCCUCCGCAGUUUGCAAAGGGAACAUCCCGGAAAGUUCCCGUCUCGGAUGCUGAUCAGGUGGGAUUCACAGUUGCCAAGUUGGAAGCAGUGGAUCCUGAUGGAGAUACGAUCUGGUGGAGUAUAGUCGACGGAAACAUCUAUGAAGCGUUUUCAUUGAAAUCGGACAGCGGUCUUCUGCAGUUGGCGAAAUCUGUCGAAAGCCUUCCACAUAACACUAGCUCAGUAAUCCUGAAGAUUCGAGUGACCGUGAUAGUCGGCGCGAUUUCUUGGCGCCAGCAGUAUAAGAGCAGAUCUUCCGAGAAAACUGCCAUCGGUACGCAAAUUUAUACCGUACGUGCUCGAUCCAAUGACAUGAGUCGCACGUCGAAACCGCUGGUGUACGGUAUUCAUUCGGUUGAAGAUACCGGUAUGGAGGAUAAGCUUCGUGUGGAGCCUACUAGAUGGGCAAGUGUACGUGGUGAUGAUGAAUCGCUGGACUAUGAAGUAUGUCGAGAAAUUCGGGCUAUAAUUUUCGCCCGUCAAGGAACACUCACCAAUUACGUGACAUUGACAGUCACAGUAACUGAUGAUACGAUAAAUGCCAAGAUUGCUCCCAUUGGUUCCUCGGUUAUUACUUUACUAGCUCAUGACGCUGAUUCUGGUGAGAAUGGUGUGGUGAAGUACAGCAUCAUCAGUGGUAACGAGCUGGGCACAUUUGCACUGGAUCCUGUCCUUGGAGUCAUUACUGUCGCUAAGCGCCUACCAGAAGACCAUAAAGAGACUAUUCUGACAGUCCGAGCAACUGAUAGUGGUCGCUAUCCGCUUAGUGAUACGUCGAAUGUAAGAAUCCAAACCAUAACCGGCGAUGGAUUCGGUUUACGUUUCUCAAGAGCAUUGUAUCAACGUACUGUCCGGGAUUCUACACCGUUGGGAUCGGUUCUGCUCGUGGUUUCUACCAACCCUAAUGGAGAUGCACGAUAUAGUCUGAGGCAGCCCUGCCCAUAUUUCGAAGUACAUCCGGCAUCUGGAGCGGUCUCGCUGAUUCGCUGGUUAACAAGGGAGCGAGCCAAAAGUGUUGCUUGUACGGUCGUGGCGAGAAAUCGAGCUGGUUCGGAGGAUACUGCGAAGAUCGUAAUAAAAACGGCCAGUUCUAAUCAGCAUUCACCGAUAUUCAAAAGGCAAUUCUACAAAGGAUUCGCAUUCGAAGAAGAGGCUUCCCAAACGAACAACUCGCCUCUGCUGGCUUCUGCUGCGACAGAUAAAGAUGUUGGUCCCAACGCUCUCAUCGGCUACCGUCUCCUCAAUCCGAAUGAACCGUAUUUUGUGGUGGAUUUCGUGACAGGAGCGAUUCGCUCGAGGAGACCCCUGGAUUAUGAAAAGAUGAAGGAGUGGAUAUUUUAUGUGCAGGCUAGUGACAUGGGAGAGCCGGUACGAUCGUCACCGAUUCCUGCGAUGGUUCAUGUGACAGUGCUCGAUACGAAUGAUCAAAAACCAGUCUUCACAAAAGCCAAAUAUGAAGUUGAUCUGAUUCUGCCGACAGUACCUGGUGUGGUCGUGGCAAGACCAACAGCAGUGGACGAUGAUACUGGCAAUACACAUUCGAAACUGUUCUCGAUCAAUUCAACUGAUGGAUCGAUAAGUCUGCUGAAGUCGGAUACGAAAUCGUUGAAUCCUAGCGAAAUACGUGCUUCCGAUGGCGUUCACACAGCAACAGCUACAGUUGAAAUUUCCGUCCAAAAGACGUCUUCGGACUUCAGCGGAUUCCGUUUCCCUCAGGUUGAAUACACGGCCAAUGUCAAGGAGAAUACCACCUUCGCCCCCGGAGAACCUCUCAUUGCGGUAACUGCUGUCGGUGCACCAGAAGGUGCUAGUGUAACGUACCGAAUUUUGAAUGAACGUGAAGAAGUUUUCAUCCAUGAAGGCACUGGAAUGAUUUCACUCACUGGAAAGCGUUUUGAUAGGGAAGAGGAACAGAAUGUUCAAUUGCUUGUGCAGGCUCGAACUCACGAGGUGAAACCACAACUGGCUCAAACCGUUGUCGCUAUUCGAAUCGAUGACAUCAAUGACUGUGCUCCGGUUUUCGUCGGACUUCCCUAUGAUGUCGUUGUCAGUUCCGAUUCUGCGAUCGGAGAAAAGAUCCUGACUGUGAAGGCUGUCGACAGGGACAUAGGAAUGAAUGGCAUAGUGCGCUAUCAUAGCGUAUCGCUUCCGCCUGUUUUCAAACUGAACAAGCAUGAUGGAAGGCUUACGAUUAAUGGGAAGCUUGACGAUGCGAAAGUAUAUCGUUUUGAAGUCAUAGCGACUGAUCAAGGAGACCCUCCCAUGAAAACUGUUCAACAAGUACGUGUCGAUGUUGUGGAGAAAGCCAGACCGAUCUUCACCAAAAAGCAGUACCAGGCGACAAUUUCUGAAGCAGCACCAAAGAAAACUGUGGUUUCCAAAGUCAAAGCUACGAGCAGUGUUGGUGGACAUCUGAUUUACACCAUAGAUGAAGGAAAUGAUGACGAUCUAUUUGUGAUUGAUAUGGAUACAGGUGAGCCUGGUGAUUUCUUUUCGUUUUGA